GUAAAUAGUCGAAUAUGGAUAAAAGAUCAAGAUCAACAAUUUACUAUUCUUACUGAUCGUACACAAGGUGGUGCCAGUAUUGUUGAUGGUUCAGUCGAACUUAUGAUUCAUCGACGACUUCUCUAUGAUGAUAAACUUGGUGUUGGUGAACCCUUAAAUGAAACUGCAUAUGGUGAAGGACUUGUUGUACGUGGUAAACAUAUUCUUUUCAUUCAACCACCUGCUUCAAGUGCUCUCUAUCAUCGAGUUAGUUCUCAAAGUUUAUAUAUGCAUCCACUUUCAACAUUUGCAAUAAUUCCACAAACUUAUGAUAGUUAUGCAGCUGCUUAUCGUCAAACAUGGUCAGCAUUAACUGAUACAUUACCAUUAAAUGUUCAUCUAUUAACAUUUGAACAACUAGCACCACAAAUCUAUCGAAUUCGUCUCGAACAUUAUUUUGAAUUGAAUGAAGAUGAAACUUAUUCACAUCCAGUUACAUUUGAUCUACAAUCAAUAUUCAAAUCAAUAGGACAAAUUAGUGAAUUUACCGAAUUGACACUUACUGCAAAUUUACCAUUAAUGGAUUUAAAACGACUUACAUGGUUAUCUGGUCAACAAGAAUCAUCUCAUAUAUUUGUUCCUGAACAAAACGCUGCCACCAAUACAACCAUUAGACUUAUACCAAUGCAAAUUCGAACAUUCAAUGUUUUAGUACAAUAA